GACGAUUUCCUCCAUCACUCAAGAAGAUGAGCGGCACUGGCGGCGGCACUGGCGGUGGGAGAGGUGGCGGCACUGGUGGUGGCAAUGGCGGCGGUACUGGUGGUGGCUGGCAACAACGCUAUGGUGUCGGCGAGGAUGAGCGCUUGGCGAUCGACUGGUCCGUCAGAAGCACGAGCAUUCUGUCGAUCCUCGGCUGCCUCUAUAUCCUCUUCCGCGUCGCAGUUUGUCGGUCCGACAAACGUGAUGUCUCGCUUCUCCUCGUGGCGACCCUCGCCGCCAUCGAGCUCGUCGUGUGUAUUGCGAAACUUCCUGCCCUCGAUUUUGCUUCGUUAGAGAAAGACGCGACAGGGGGCAACAGCAGCUCCACGAACACUUCAUACUAUCGCGUGAAUUCCACUGCGAACGGCACACCGUCGAGCUUUAAUGUGCUCUGCCAAGUUCAAGCGUACCUUCUGGACGUCGGCAUGCUCCAAGCGGUCCUGUGGAAUGCUUGCAUCGCGUACAACCUACUUCGGUGGGUGGUGUACCGCGACUCGGAAGAAAAGCUGCAAUCCCGCUUUUGGGUCUACUUCUUCGGCACGUCCCUCUUUUGCGUCGCGUGGGGGCUCACCGGCGCGCUGCCGAUCUGGUCGUACCAGAACUUCACGCCACAGUCGUCGCUCUUUGGGUUUUCUCGCUUCUACUGCUGGAUGAAGUUCCCCGUGUAUAUCCUCUACCGCUUCGUCCCGUUUGUCGUGCUGACGCUGCUCUUCAUGGUGGCGGUCGUGAUCAAAGUGCGCAAAGUUGUCGCGUACCGCGCGCGACGGUUGUCGGCGAUUCCGUCGGUGGCGGACCCCGUUGCGACCAAAAUUCAACGGAUGCUGCUCUAUUACGUCAUGGGUUUCGUUUGCCUCUACACACUGCCCACCGUGUACCGCUUCCUCGAAGCCGCGCUCGACGACGAUGACACCUACGGCGGCCAUCCCGGUCGAGGAACAAAGGGCUCCGGGUCAACUCGAAAUCCAACAACGUCGUCGCCGACCGUGUCGAGCGAACACAGCACAUUCAUGCAGGUUUUGGCCGUGGCGUCCGAAGUGCUGGUGAACUUGCAAGGCUUUGUGAUAGCCAUCAUCUAUCAUCGAUGCACAGCGCCCCAUCGACAGAAAGCGCUAUCGGUCCAGUUUGGCGAGGAGUCGGCCUUCGACCAUGGCGCGUCCAGUGUGUUUUUAGAAGAUGCCCGGUCCUGCGCAUCCGCGAGCUACGCAACGCAUGCCGCCAACGUGAGUCGGAUCUUUGCCACGACGUUCAACAUGGCAGAAGGUCCGGUUCCCCCGGACGACCAACUUGAAAUGUGGAUUCCCACCGGCCACGACAUUUACGUGAUCGGCGUCCAAGAAUGUCUGGACCUUCGCGGCCUGCGCCAUGCCGUGGUCAGCCACCUCCAACGCGUCAACGGCAAAGAGUUUGUCGAGUACGGUCGAGAAAUCGGUCGCACCGAGACGCUAUUGGGAUAUCAUGGAUUCAUUGCAAUCACGGUGUACGUCGCCGCCGAAGACGUCCACGCGGGCCAUUUCCACAUGCACUUAAACGCCACAUCCAAGGUAAGAGGGAGUCGCACGCGCCGCGCUUUGGGCUAG